AUGUCUAAUGCACAACCGCAAUGGCUCUUGUACGCCAUUGCUUCCGGCGGCUGCGCAGCCCUCAACGGCGUAUUCGCCAAACUUACCACUACCGAACUCACCUCACAAUGGGCGGAAAGCGUCUCGCAAGCGUUUGGCUUGAGCGCAGGCCUGAGUCGUAUUGCUGAGUUCGUAAUAAGAGCGUUCUUCUUCUCCAUGAACCUCGCCUUCAACGCCGUAAUGUGGGGCCUCUUCACCCGUGCUCUAACCCUCGCAACAUCCACCGUGCGGGUCAGCGUGAUCAACACGAGUGCGAACUUCAUGCUUACGGCGGUGCUUGGUCUCGCCAUCUUCCGCGAAUCACUGCCUGCGCUCUGGUGGCUAGGUGCAAGUCUUCUAGUGGCAGGCUCUGUGAUUAUAGGGCGCCGCGAGGAGGGUAAAGAAGUCGGUGCUGCCGGAACCGCGGGUAGUGAGCCUGCGGUCGCAGCUGGUGCAGCCUCGGAGCCUUUUCGAGACGAACCUGACGCUCCACUUGCGGGUGCGGAUGAUGCGAACCUUCACGACAGUGUCGAGCUUGAACGUAAGACAAAGCAGAGGGUGCCGGCUACCGGCAACGAGCACGAAACGUAG